GAAACUCGGUCGAACCCGAGGCCCAGUUCUGACAAACAACAACAUCCUCUGCGCCGUGGAGCAAUUCGGGAGAGGAAAUCCGCCCAUUUUCCCUCUCCGGAAGAGCUAUUUUCCCCCAUGGAGGCUUUCCCUGGAUGUGGCAGAGCCGUCCACGUCCUGCGAGGCUGCUGGGGCCCAUUCCUUCUCCAUCGCUCCAUCUCUCUAUUGGUCCAUCAGUCCACCGGUCCAUCAUCCUCGGUCUCUCCGCCCGUCCGCGGUGCCUCCUGGAAGUGACAUGAGGGCUCUGCUGGUCCUCGGCCUCAUGGCUUCCUUCGGCACUGCGCUCCAGGGCCCGUCCCGCAGCCGCCCCGGCCGAUGCGAUGAGCCGCGCGCGAUCGGCACGUCCAGCGUGUGCACGUCGUGCGCAGCCAUUCCCGCGGCGCGCUGCCCCCCCGGCUUCACGAAGACCAGCGAGAAUGGGGGCGUCGCCGACUGCAGCUACUCGGUGGAGGUGGGUGGGCGCCUGCUCCUGCUGGCUGGCUGUAGACACACCUGUGACAAGGUGCAGAUGGAGCAGCGGUGCUGCAAGGGCUUCUGGGGCUCCUCCUGUCUGCCAUGCCCCACGUGGCAGGGCAGGACCUGCAACGAUCAUGGUCGCUGUAAUGAUGGGCUUACAGGCAACGGCAGCUGCACCUGCGAGGAUGGGUUCGCUGGUUUCGCCUGCCAAAAAGGUCCAAACAGGGACGCCACCGGGGGGCACGGUGGCCCGGGCGUUUGUUCCCCAGACAUGUGUGACUCGAACGCGGAGUGCACUUCCCAAGCUGGGAGGGACUGGCAGUGUACCUGUAAGGCUGGUUACCAAGGCGACGGCCAGGUGUGCAUCCCCAUGAAUCCCUGCUCUUGGCACAAUGGCGACUGUCCCCCCAACUCCACUACGUGCGUGUAUGUGCGUCCGGGUCAGUCCACGUGUGUGUGCCGCGGCGGCAUGGAGGGUCCUGACCCGUCCUCGGGCUGCAGCCCGGAGCCGCCCUGUGCCCGGUCCGUGUGUGAGACGAGCGCACAGUGUGAAGGUGGCCCGGAUGGCCUGGCCAGGUGUGUCUGUGAGCCUCAGGAGCUCCCCGAUGGCACACGUUGCUAUGGCAACAUCAUGGAGCGGCUCAUAGACCUAGACAGGAGGGGGCAGUACAUGGGAAAGCUGAGUGGAGCAGUCACUCUGUUUGGUAACCAUGUUUUUACUGUGGUUUUGGUGUGGUGGCCCAGCACAGGACACUGUGUAUUUAUGUGUUUCUCUCAUCAUUUCAAUGUGUUCACUGAACUCAAAGGUGUUUUCAGCGACUCCAGGACCGCAGUGUGUCUCAAUGUGUUUCCUGAGCUCUUGUGCUCCUCUACAGACAGCCAAUGCCGGUUUACUGUGAGCAAACAUGGUCCUUUUACUGCGUUCGUUCCUCUGCUCGCAUCGUCGCUGCCGAGAAGCUCGGAGACGUUCCUUUGCAAACAGCACCUGAUCCUGGGCCAGCAUCUUCUCCGCGAUCUGCGAGGACGGGACUGGUGGACGUUCGGGGGGGAGGCCGUUCGCUUCGAGGACGACAAGCAGUUCUUCUUGGUGCGGGACCGAGACGCGCUGUACUCCGUCGUCCACGGCGACAUCCCUGCUGCCAACGGCAUCAUCCACCUCAUCGAUGCGCCUGUCGCCAACGCAGCGGUGCUCGGCUCCGUCCCCCACCUGCUCCUCAAUGAAACCAUUGGAGAAAUGAUGGCGCGGGAUCCGAAAUUCAGGGGAUUCCUUUCCCUGGUGGAGAAGUGCGAGGCCCUCCUGCCGCUGCGGAACCCAGGCUCAUUCACCGUGUUUGCACCAACCAAUGAUGCGGUCGACCGCUUCCAGGAGGGCACCGUGGCCUAUGUGAGCGCACAGGCUCAGCGCAAGCUUCGGGAGCUGCUCAGGCACCAUAUACUGUCCUCGGCAGCGCUGAGGCUGGACCAGCUGUCCAGUAUGUCGCACGUUCAUUCGAUGGCCAACCAGGCCAUAAGGAUCAGUAUUAGCGCUGAUGGGCGGUUGCUGCUGGGUGAGGAGGGAUUCCCGUUGGGGGGCACCGAUAUCGUUGCGUCCAACGGGAUCGUCCACUUCAUCGACGGUGUUCUCGUCCCGCCCAAAAUCCAACCCUUUCAGGCCAACAGGUGUGAUGUCACUGAGAGCAGCAUUACUGCGGGUUCCUGUGUUCGGUGCGACCACCUACCUGAGACACGGUGUCCACCCGGAAGCACCGAACUGGGACAUCACAUGAAGGAUUGCGAAUACGAGACUUCUCCAUCCAGCUCCAUCGUGAGCAGGAAUGGCUGUGCCAAGCUAUGCAACGUGACUCGAACGAGAGCUGAGUGCUGCAGGGGCUUCUAUGGGCCGGACUGCACGCCCUGCCCCGGGGGCUUCCGGGACCCCUGCCACGGCAAAGGCACCUGCCUGGACGGCAUCGCCGGCAACGGUACCUGCAGCUGCGCCUCGGGCUUCACGGGUGUCGAAUGUCGCACGUGCGCGGAGCGGUCCAAGCACGGAGAGCGGUGCGAUGAGGAAUGUCGCUGUGUGCACGGCGUGUGUGACAACCGGCCGGGCAGUCGGGGCGUGUGCCGACGUGACUCGUGCCGUGAGGGCUACGACGGAGAGCUGUGUGAUCAGACGGUCAAACCCUGCGACUCAGACGGCACCUUUGAACUGUGCCACCUCCAUGCCAACUGCAUGUACUCUGGGCUCCACACAACGUGUGCCUGCAUGCCCGGGUACGAAGGAGACGGACGCUCAUGCACACCCCUGAAUCCCUGUCUUCAGGCCAGCCGUGGCAUGUGUGACAUAAACGCUCAGUGCCUCUACGCGGCUCCUGACGACGUGUCCUGCAUGUGCAACGAGGGCUGGACAGGCAACGGAUUCGUCUGCGUUGAGGUCAACAACUGCCUGCUGGAGAACCGUGGUGGCUGCCACCGCGAUGCUGACUGCCUCACCGUUGGUCCAGGACAGAGCGAGUGCGUCUGUAAGAGGGGCUACAUGGGGGAUGGAAAAGCCUGCGACCCCAUAAACCCCUGUUUGCUGAACAAUGGUGGCUGUCAUGCACUGGCCUUCUGUGAAGUGCACGAAGGUGGGACACACACCUGCCUCUGUCCCGACGGCUACGGGGGAGAUGGCAUCACCUGCUUCGGCAGCAUUUUGGCUGAACUGAGUGGAAAUUCAGACUUCCAUCAUUUCUAUCGCUGGAUUAAGAUGUCUUCGUCGCUCAAUCUCAGAGGCAACGCAACAGCGCUGGUGCCUUCAAAGGAUGCCUUGGACAGCCUGGAAAACAGUGAGCUGCAGUUCUGGACGGACCCCCGCAGGCUUCCCUACCUGCUCGGAGUGCACUUUUUGCAAGGCGCGUUCACCUUGGCGGACCUCAGGGAGCGGGCGAACGAGGAGCUGCCCACUCUCGACUCGCAUACCACAUGGGGAGUUAAGAACACGAGCGGGGAGGUGAUGCUGGAGGACGCAACCAUUCUCAUCCCAGACAUCCCUGCGACGAAUGGGUACAUACACGUCAUCGAUAAGGUUCUGAGGCCCGUGCUCUCAGUGGUGCCGCCAGUGUCCCCCCCUUUGAUGGAGCUCCUCAACCACACGCCCACGUUCAGCCUCUUCCGGCAAGCUGCGCUGCUUUACAACUUAACAAGUGGCAUCCAUUCCAAAAAAUAUACCAUCCUCAUCCCAUCUGAUGACGCCAUUGAGGAAUACACGAACGGAAAAAAUGUAACAAUGCUGGAUGAAGAUGUGUUUAAGUACCAUGUGAUUCCCAGCCAACUGGUGUACCCUGAUAAACUUGCGGGCAUCGUGGUGAUGGACACACUCCUUGGGCCUGAGUACCAGGUCAUGUUUCACACUGACAGCGAAAACCGGACCCUUGUCAAUGAAGUGCUCAUCAAUGGAAAUGUCACUGAAACCAGGAAUGGGCUCAUUAUGGGCAUCUCCCAGGUCUUAGAGAUCCACAGAAACCGCUGCGACGAGGAGACGUUCUCUAGAGCCAACGACCAUGUCUGUUGUCCCGGCUACUUUGGUUUCGAGUGCUUCAAGUGCCCUGGCAGACCAGGAGAGUGGUGCUCCGGCCAUGGCCGCUGUCAGGACGGCAUCUUCGGCAGCGGCGACUGUUUGUGCUUCGAGGGCUUCCACGGCACAGCCUGCGAGAGCUGUGAGCCAGGCCGCUACGGCUACGACUGCCAGUCGGUGUGUUACUGUGACCAUGGAAAGUGUCUGGAUGGCAUCAAUGGCACUGGUCAGUGUCUUUGCUACAAGGACUGGAAAGGAUCCAACUGCUCUGAGGAAGUUGGUGCCGAUGCCUGUGGUGGCCUUUGUGAUGUCAAUGCAAACUGCAUCCCCACGGGUCCAGGAUCGCCACCCACCUGUAUGUGCGUGGCUGGUUACCACGGCAAUGGAACCUACUGCCAAGAGAUCGACCUGUGUGAGGACGGCCGUGGCGGCUGCUCGGAGCACGCGGAUUGCACCAAGAACGUGCCAGGAGAGCGUGCUUGCACCUGUCAUGAGGGCUACACGGGGGACGGAGUCGUGUGCCUUGAAAUAGACGGCUGCUUGGAGAACAAUGGAGGAUGCCAUGAGGCGGCACGCUGCUAUAAGACUGGACCGAACCGGGUUGGAUGCACCUGUGCGGCUGGAUAUUCUGGAAAUGGACACCAGUGUGAGCCCAUAAACCCGUGCAAAACGGAGAAUGGUGGCUGCGAUUCGAACGCCUACUGUAACCAUACUGGACCUGGGCAGAGGAGCUGUGCCUGCCUCAAGAACUUUGUGGGGGAUGGGCUCACUUGCAGAGGUUCCCUUGCCUACGAGGUCAAACGUCACCCGGACGCUUCCUGGCUGCACAAAAGGCUAUGGGAGUCGAAGACUAGUGAUCUGAAGGGGAAAGGCCCCUUCACAGUAUUUGUCCCACAUGGAGAAUACAUCAAAAAUUUCUCGGUUGAGCCCUGGCUGAAGCGAAGCUGCCUUGGAGACCUGUUAAGGUACCACAUGGUUGGCUGUAAAGAGCUCCUCGAGUCCGAGCUGCGGUCCCACAAUGAGCUGAUCUCCCUCUCUGGGCACCGACUACGCCUCGCCGUCCGAGAGGGUGCUUUGUAUAUCAACGAGGAAUCAAAGAUCAUUUGGACUGACUUCAUCACCUCCACUGGAGUCAUGCAUUUCAUCGACAGGGUUUUGGUCCCAUAUGAUCUAAUGAACCAGAGCACAUGGGUUCCCCCCACGGUCAAUGUCACUGUGGCAGCGGAGGCUCACGGUUAUACCAUGUUCAGCAAACUUCUCAAGGAGGCCGAUUUGAUGGCGAUGGUCGAGAACUCGCUGCACCAGCCGUUCACCAUGCUCUGGCCCACAGACGCGGCUUUCCACUCGCUCCCCGAGCAGCGGAAGAGGUGGCUGUACAGCGAAGAGCAUCGCGACAAACUAGUGGCACAGAUCAAGGCUCACAUCAUUGGUGGCAUCAGACUUUCUGCUGGAGCUCUGCCAGGCGAAGGCUCAUUGAGAACAAUGUUUGGCUCAACUGUCUCCUUCAGCUGUGACAGGAGAACCGUGGGGGACAUUCUGGUUGACGAUGGAAACGCCAGAAUCCUGGAGCGCCACCUGUUCUUCAAUGCAGGAAUCGCGCAUGGCAUUGACCAGCUUCUGGAGCCGCCCAACCUGGGUGCACGCUGCGAUCACUUUGAGGAAAUAGAGUUCAACGGUCCAUAUAGCAGCUGUAACAAAAUGAUCAGGUGUCCACCAAGAUCUAGAUUCACUGGUAAAAUUCUGUCAGGCUUGCGGUCAAGGCCUUCCAGCUGGGUGCUGCACGGAGAGAGGAACCCCAUUCUUGAUCAACUCCCCCGCAGGUUCCGGAAGCUCAUCCUGUGUAGGAGAAGGUGCGUUAGGAUGCAGUGGCUCCCUCGGUGUUGCAGGAACCACUAUGGCAGAGAUUGCCAAGUGUGUCCUGGGGGGCUGCAGGCACCAUGUGGGAACCAUGGCCUGUGUAAUGACACCAUGGAGGGCCUGGGGCAGUGCCACUGCGACACCGGCUUCACCGGAACGGCCUGUGAGCGCUGCAAGGCUGGCCACUAUGGCGUCAACUGCACAGCGUGUCCCUGCAGCCCGAGAGGACGCUGUAUGGAUGGCCUUGAUGGGGACGGCAGCUGCUUCUGCCAGGAGGGCUGGACCGGGGAGCAUUGCCGCAUUGAACUGGGAAUGCAGCUCGUUUGCGCUCCACCGUGUCACCCCAACGCUGCGUGUCGACCCGGCAACACCUGCGAGUGUGAAUCGCUGUACGAGGGUGAUGGCAGAAACUGCACAGCACUCGACCUCUGCGGCGACGACAACGGGGGGUGUCAUCCACGUGCCAGCUGCACGCAGACUGGUGUCCACGUCACCUGCUCGUGCCCACCUGGUUACGCGGGGGACGGCUACUCGUGCUCUCCCAUCAACAGGUGUGUGCAGGAGGAGAACGGCGGCUGCAGCAGCUUUGCCACCUGCUUGUUCACAGGCCCAAAUGAGAGUGUGUGCCAGUGUCGCCCCGGAUAUGUGGGAGACGGGAUCCAGUGCUUGGAGAAAGUGGUGCCCCCUGUGCAUCUCUGCCUGGAGGACAACGGGGGCUGCGACCCUAACGCCCAGUGUCAGGACCUGCAUUUCCAGGAGCGCACAGCAGGGGUGUUCCAUGUGAGGUCACCUGCUGGCAAGUAUAGACUGAACUACAGUGAGGCGCGGGUGCGGUGCCACGAGGAGCACUCCACCCUGGCCACCUUGUCACAGGUGUCCGAUGCGCAGCAGCUCGGGAUGCACCUGUGUGCACUUGGCUGGAUGGAGGGGCCACUCGUUGGCCACCCGGUCACAUCGCCCUCGGCCAGCUGCGGCAACAGCCGCGUGGGCGUCGUGAUGUCCAGGAGCAGCGUGAACCUGAGCAGCACGUUCGACGCCUACUGCUACAGGGAGAAAGACGUCUUGUGCGUUUGCGGACACGGCUACGUCGGCAACGGGUUCUACUGCAACGGAGAUCUGGCGAGCGUCAUGGCCACCAGCGAUGGCUUCUCCACCUUCUACUCGCUGUUGCUCAGCUACGCAAACUCCUCUGUGGACGGACAGAGCCUCGUGGCUUUGCUGUCAUCCCGCUCCGCAUAUGUCACGCUGUUCCUUCCACAAAAUGCCGGCUUUCCAGCAAAUGAGACACUGUCCUGGAGGGACAUCGAGUACCACGUCUCUGCCAAUAACAGCGUUCUCCUGUACGAUGAUCUGCAGCAGGACUUGCCUAUCACGUCCCGGCUGGGAUGUAAUCUCACUGUGGACAUACUGUCAACAAACACAACUAUGGACAUGGCUUCCCACAUUCCCCGCAAACGGCUCAACCGCAGGCUCAUUGUGGAAUGGGACAUCCCGGCCAUCAAUGGGAUCAUUCACGUUAUCGAGGCCCCGCUGAAAGCCCCACCCGCACCCGUCAGUUCAGACCGGUCAUCGUUUUGGUCCCAGCCUGCUGUUGUCCUGAGCGCAGUGUUGGUCACCAUGGUUAUCGCCGCCAUGGCCUUCUACUUCCUGAAGUACAGGAGCGAAAGCAUCCACUUCCAGCACUUCCAGAAUGAAGAUGAGAGCACCCCCUAUAGCAGAAGAGGGAAUCCUUCAAUCAUGUGCAUUCGUAACCCCGUGUACAGUACUUACAGCACCAUCACAGAACCUUUCACUGACUCACCUGAUGUCGAUCCUUCAGCUGUUCACCAUAUUUGCGAUUAACUCAAAGGGCCAAAGAAAAAAAAUUAAAAGGAAA